AGAAAAUGGGGCGGGGUCUCGCGGGAGCCUGUCUUGCGCGAAAUAUGAAAAUGGAGGAGGCGGAGACGAGCACGAUUCCUAAACGGAAGAAGCCUAAGCCCUGCUUGCCGCCCAUCUCUGCCGUGGAAGCGGAGGCGGAGGCAGUCGCCGCUGGCUGGAUGCUGGACUUCGCCUGUCGCUGCCUCUGCCGCCAUUUUUGUGAGGAGAAUUGGGCGGAAUUCGAACGGAGCCGCGACCUGGCGCUAACUAUUAUUAAAGGGUUAAACAAAAUAGAAAUUCAUCGGAUGAAAACAGUGUGCCUUUGUCAGCUGUUGGCAUAUAUUGGAGAAGGAAAGUCGAUCGAUCCUCAUACCAAGAGUGACCAAAGACUUUCACCACUAGAAAAUGCUUACUUGGUUUGGACUUCUUUUCUCAAAGUGCAAAGCAAACAUGAGAAACUACAUGAAGAAAUCAAGCGCUUGAUUCAGAUUCAGGCUGUAGCAGUUUACAUGGAGAAGGGAUAUUUUAAUAAGGCUACAGAAGUGGUGCAACGGUUGUUUCCAGAAUCACUCACAAAUGAGCCAUUGCGAAUGAAGUUGUCUGCCAUAACAAAAGAGAAAGAUCCAUACCACCGGUUUCUUCUGCAUUUCGAUUUCAGACUUCUGCUUGAAAAAAUCAAGUCCUACGUCACUGUUUUCUUGAAUGAAGAAUCUAAUAAUUUUCUAAUUAAGGAAGCUACAAAGGAGGUAGAAAGUAGGUGUGCAGGAAAAAACAUGGUACCUAUAGAAUUUGAUAAAUUAAUUGAAGAAAAGAAAGAAAAGUACUUUGAAAUGACACAGAGAUCUGAUCAGCAGUCUUAUUCCUUGGCUGAUGAAGCAUCAUUUUUUAAUACAGAGCAGGUAAAACCUUCCCUGAAACAAAGAAACAGGAAACAAAAUGUUCUUCAAAAGAAGGAAGAUUUGCAGAAUAGUGAAAUUAGUUCAGAAAGUUGGCUGCCACCGGUUAAAAAAAAACAGCGAUGGAGUUCCAAAGAAGAUGAGAAACUUAAAGAUGGUGUGCAGAAGUUUGGAGUAGGAAACUGGAAUAAAAUUCUUCAACAUUAUGACUUCAAAGAGCGAACUAAUGUAAUGCUGAAAGACAGAUGGAGAACUAUGGUCCGAUCAGGCAUGGUUUAAACUGCCUUUCCCAAAUACGUCAUCUGUUUCCCCAUUCUUACCUUAUGGUAGUAUCAUGAUUUAAACAUUGUUGCUAUCUUUUUAUGUAAAUUACAAUACAAUAAUUUAUUAGAUGUGUUCUAAAUUGCUAAUAUAGUUCUAUAACAUCUUAAUGACCUUUUAUGCCUCUCAGUGUAUUUCUUCAAAACUGGCGAAGGUUUAAUAAGAAGGUUUCUAUCUCGUUACUGAACAGAACUGGUGAAGUCAUGUAGUCAUCUGAAUGUUUCAUUCCUAUCUCCUGUGUCACUACAUAAAAUACCACAUCAAAACUAAAAACUAAAACUAAAAAAAAUAUCAAAGGAUAGGUAGAACCUAACUGAAGAUUUGAACUUCCAUGUUUAAGAACUGUGCUAUUAUCUACUUUACAAAUUGCCUUUCACAGAGUUCUCGACAAGAAGAAUAUGGGUAGUUGAUUAUUGGUGCCAAAUAUCAUAACAGUUGUUUUUCUGGGAACAGGAAAGGUGCUAACUCCUCUUUGGAAAGUGAUCUUCUGUGUCCCAAACAACUCACAUAUUCUGUACUGCCAGUAUGACUAUCAUGCCUGUCCUUUUUAUUAUACUUUCUUGUUUUUUAAGCUCUCAAUGUGUGUUUACUUUUCAUGUGUGUUUACUGGGCUGUAUGAAAAUAAAGCACAGGGAUUGGUUAUUCUGAUAACUAGUUAUAACAGCAUUGCCUCAUACUCUGUUUAUAACUUGAGUGAAUUAAUUUUCUUUCACUUAAUAGCAUAUCCAAAAUUAGCCACUCAUCUGUACAAUAUUUGGAAGAGAGUUGUAUUGAAGUAGGGAAGGGUGGCUGUCUAUAGAUUGUUGUAUGUAGCCCUUAUCCCAGAGUUUGGGAUCUAACCAAUGCAAUUACUUGCGUCUGGACUAGUUUUAACUAGAUACAUUUUAUACUUUGUCUUCCUUUAAUCUGGAUUUGAAAAUAUGGUAGUAAUAUGCCAGCAAAUAAAUACUAUUUUGUCAUAAA